AUGACCGAACAACGUCGCAAGAAUUUUUUCGAUUUUGCGAGAGAGGGUGGAGACGAAUUCGGAGACCUAACGGUAACGACCAGACAGCAGGCGAAGUCAGCCUGCAAACGCAUCAGAUUCGCUGACGAAAUUUCGGUCCAAGGAUUAGACGAUAGUGUGGCGCGAGACGAACCGAACGAUACCCCGACAGAAGCCCCAAACAGCGAAGAUCAGGAAGAACGAAGAGUAACGGGAUCCACGCCUGCGUCGCCCAACGCCAGAACGAGACUUCUGACGAGCGACCACCUGCAAGAAGAACCAACACUACGCCUAGUGGUGCCCACUACGAUGAUUCAAGAGGUACUACAAAACUGCCACGACUCGUUGGAAGGAGGUCAUCAAGGCAUUGCACGGACUUUCUACCGGGUGAAAUUAGAUUACUACUGGGUCGGUCUAUACGCCGAUGUCGCAAGACACGUACGCUCUUGCCCUGACUGUAGUUCGAGUAAAAGCCGACCGAAGCUUCGCGGAUACUCACCAGGCAACAUUCUGGCGGAACGACCUUUUCAGAUCGUGUCUAUGGACUUCGUCAUACCCUUACCGAAGUCUCGGCUGGAUACAGGACGUUGUUGUUAUUUCAGUGUGCAUUCACUGGGUUCGUGA